UAUUGGUAGAUAGAAAAAAUCAGUGUUUUUGAGUGUUUUUCCCUCUCAUUGUUUGAGAAGAGAGGUAACAAAACACAAUGAGGUCAAAUAGUGCAGACGAGAUAAAUCUUGGCGACGAGCCAGGUGCACAAGAUGAGAAGAUAUUUGUGUCUGUGAGGGUGAGGCCAAUGAAUGCAAAGGAAACCGCAAAGAAUGAUUUUUGUGAUUGGGAAUGUGUGAACAGUAACACCCUGGUAUACAAGAAUGCCGUGGCAGAACGAUCAACGUACCCAAAUGCCUAUACAUUUGACCGAGUUUAUGGAAGUGAGAGUACAACACGACAAGUCUACGAGGAGUCAGCCAAAAGAGUUGCUCUUUCAGCUCUUGACGGCAUUAAUUCAAGUAUAUUCGCAUAUGGGCAGACAAGCAGUGGGAAGACGUACACCAUGACUGGCGUCACUCAAUAUGCAAUAUCUGACAUAUUUGACUACAUAAGCAAGCAAAUUGAUAGAGAAUACGUGUUGAAGUUUUCUGCCAUAGAAAUCUACAAUGAAUGUGUUAGAGACCUUCUUAGUGCAGAUGGUACUCCACUUAGACUCCUGGAUGACCCGGAGAAAGGGACAGUUGUAGAUAAACUCACUGAAAUCCAACUGGAGGAUUGGACCCAUCUAAUGGAACUCCUUGCGGUGUGUGAAGCUCAAAGAAAGAUAGGGGAGACAUCUAUGAAUGAAAUGAGUUCAAGAUCUCAUCAGAUUAUCCGACUGACAAUUGAAAGUACUGCCAAUGAAUUCUCAGUGGACAGUGCAAGCACUCUUACAGCUACUGUGAACUUUAUUGAUCUAGCAGGAAGUGAACGUGCUUCUCAAACAUUAUCAGCUGGUAAACGGCUGAAAGAAGGUGGUCACAUUAAUCGCAGUUUACUAACACUAGGAACUGUUAUCCGAAAACUGAGCAAAGGGAGAAAUGGUCAUGUUCCAUACAGAGACUCGAAGCUAACAAGAAUACUACAAAACUCUCUUGGAGGCAACGCACGAACAGCGAUAAUAUGUACUUUGAGCCCUUCACAUGCUCAUCUUGAGCAGUCAAGAAACACCCUUCUAUUUGCUGUUUGCGCCAAGGAGGUCAGGACCAGUGCGCAGGUUAACGUGAUCAUGUCAGAAAAAACAUUGGUAAAACAGUUGCAACGAGAAAUGGCUAGAUUGGAAAAUGAGUUGAAGAAUAUGUCGGGGUCAACUAAUGAUUCUGAGGCAAUACUUAAAGAAAAGGAGCUUCAUAUACAAAAGAUGGAGCAAGAGAUAAAAGAUUUGACCCAGGAACGUGAUCUUGCUCGAAUUCGCCUAGAAGAAAUAUUACAAGCAGCUGGAGGCGAUCAAAAUUUACCGCCAUGGAUCGAUCUUAGUUCAUGGGACGGAAAUUCUGUAUCUACCCAUCAGCAUAGCAAUUCAUGGGAUGGGCAUUCUCCGUCUAGCCACCAUCAUAGCAGUUCAUGGGAUGGACAUUCCGCAUCAGAACCUUAUGAGGUAGCGGCUGAAGCUCCUCUUCCCUCCACUGCUUCAGUCAAUACAUACAGUUUCCCAAAGAACCAUAAACUACACAAUCCAAAUGAGGACCACUACUCUUUUGAUCCUAUCACCCCGCGUGAUUUUAUGAAUCAAUAUUUCGGACCUGACCCAACCCAGGAAUGGGAAAAGUCUUCUAAAAGAACGAGGACCAGGUCAAAUUCAGUAGAUAGCAGCAAAGAAGUAGAACUUAUCGAGAAAGAUGAGGCCGAUGAUGAUAAUGAUACAGAUACCGGCGAUCAUAACCAAAAUGUAGACAAUGUGAAUGAUGUUGAAAAUAAACAUGAAGAACAAUCUCCUCAUUUAUCAGCAUCUCCUUCAAGAAGCACAAGUUCGAAAAGAAGCACAAGUUGCUCUGCGAUUGUUGAAGGAAAUCUAUCUGAAGUAGCUGAAGAGAAUGUGAUAGCUGAAUCAAAAUCAGAUUCGGAUCUAAGAAAACUAUGUCAACAAGAUUCUCAGGGUUCAACCAAGAGCGUUGAUGAGGAUGAAAAGCAGCAAUCAGAUGGAGGUAUGAUUAAAACACUAGAAAAAGUCAUGAAAGAAGACCUAAGAAGAGCGUAUGAUUACUGCGCGACCAAGGCUACACCUAAAGCUGCAGAAUCAGAAGAUACUUUCAAAGACUGUUUUGACUGGUCUUUGAUGUUUGAGGAGCAAAGAAAGCAGAUAAUUGAGCUAUGGAAUGAAUGCAACAUACCAUUGCUUCACAGGACCUACUUUUUCUUGCUCAUCAAAGGAGAACCAUCAGACUCUGUAUAUAUUGAGGUGGAGCUGAGACGACUAGCUUUCCUCAAGAAAACACUGGAUGAGGUUGCAAGUGCAAGGGCUUUGAAUCUCGAGAGAGCGAUGCUAUGCAGGAAACUUUUGAAGAAAUUCACAGCAAAGGAAAGAGAGGCCUUGUUCGAGAAAUGGGGCAUUGAUUUAGAAUCGAGAAAUAGGAGGUUCCAAUUGGCUCAACUUUUAUGGACAAAAACAGAUGACAAUGAGCAUAUCAGCGACAGUGCUAACAUAGUCGCAAAACUGGUAGGGCUUAUAGAGCCAGACAAUACACCAAAGGAACUAUUUGCACUGAGUGUCGCUCCCAAACAAGAAGCACCUCGCAGCUUUCUCUCCACUUGGAGAAACAGCCUCUCAUUGCUAAGAUAUUAAGUUGUCAUGGUUUUAAAGAUAUCUUCUAUAACUAACAGAUAAAACUUGCUAAUUUACUAAUAAUAUUGUCACAUAAUCAUAUCCUGCCCUGUUAAAUAUACAUUCAAGUUCAGCUAUUUGAUGCACACUUUUGAGAUCUUUUUGGUAAAUCUUUUUCAAUUGCCAGAUUGGUCGAAACCACAACAUGUUUGUACUUAUUUGUCUAUACUUCAUUGAAUAAAAAUUGUACUAGUAACACUUUA